AUGAAUCGUUCGACAUCAUCAAGCGAUGAUAAUGAUAUGCAUUUUGCUUUUCAAAAUGUGUUUACCAAUUUAAUUGCUUCUUCAUAUUCACUCGAAACCAUCCUUUCUAACAAUCCUCCAUACGAAUUAACCCUAACUAUCGAAGGUUUAUUACCACCUACUUCCCCUACUUCAAUUCCUCCUUACCCUCGUCGCUCUCGUCCGCAGUCCUGCGAAAGUUCACUACAAGCUGCCUCCCCCGCUUUACCUUCGUCACUCCCCCGCCGUUCUCGUCCGGUCGACGGGUAUACUUUAUUUAAAAGAGAUUUGGUCGCAAAAUGGAGAUGUGAUCCUAGCGUUGCUUUUUCUAAUAGAUGUAUUGACUCUAUCAAAGAUAUAUGGGAAUCUCAACCGCAUGAGGUCAAGCAUUUCUUUCAUGUUCUUUCCGUAUGCGUUAAUCGUACGCUAGGAUGA